UGGGAAUGGUCUCCUAAGUUCCUUCUGCGCAUGUGCCACCCUCUCCCCCAGCCCCGCCAUCUUCCUGGGAAUGGCAGCGGGCUCACCCCCCUGAAGCUGGGUUGCACGGUGGUUUGGGAUUCCGUGCAGCUGAAGGUGUACCUUCAGAAUCUACGUAUUUCCAAGAACAAAGAAAAUGAACACCUCUCAAGGUUUGGUGUCAUUUGAGGAUGUAGCUGUAGACUUCAGCUGGGAGGAGUGGCAGGACCUGGACGAUGCUCAGAGGACCCUGUAUCGGGACGUGAUGCUGGAGACCUACAGCAGCCUGCUGUCAUUGGGAUCCUGCAUCACCAAACCUGAGGUAAUCUUCAAGCUGGAGCAAGGAGCAGAGCCUUGGAUGGCAGAUGAGCCCUCCAACCAGAGCCUACCAGUUAUCCAGAAAAUGAAUGACACAAUCGGGAGCAGCCAGGAGAAUCGAGAUAUAAUUUUGUGGCAAGUUGUAAUCACAGACAACAACACAUCAACUGAGGACAGAGUUGAAUUAAAAAGAACAGUUAAUUUGAGCUCAAAUCACAUUUCGAAGCUUAUUAUAAAGAGUGAAGAUGAUUCAGAAAUAAUGCCUGAGAUGUAUAAUGCAUGUCAGAAUGUGCUCUGCCCUAGUGAGCCCGGUGAGCUGCGUGCUGGACAGACACCCAAUGUCUGUGACAGGACUGGAAAACCCCUCAGGUGGUGUGAGGAUCUUAGUCGGCCUCAUGAGCUUCAGCGUUGGCAACAGCCUUUAGAGUAUAGUGGGCAAGGGAAAGCCUUCAGCAGGGAGGAGGUAUUCUUUGCACAUCAAAGAGUGAAUAUGAGAGAAACCCUCUACAAAUGCAAUGAAUAUGGGAUAGGCUGUGAUGAGUCAGCUCUCAUUGGUGGGGAAGCAACUCACAUAGGAAAGGAAACUUUCUAUGAAACAGCUAAUUUCACUGAACAUCAGGAAGCACAUGCAGGAGAGAGACUGUAUGACUACAUUAAAUGUGAGGAACCUUUGGUUAGCAAAUCAGAUCUCAAAAUAAAUCCGGCAUAUACAGGGAAGAAGCCUUAUGAUUGGGACCAGUGUGAGAAACCUUUCAGUUAUAAAUCAAGCCUUAAUAGCCAUCACAGAAUUCAUACUGGGGAAAAGCCCUAUGGAUACACUGAUUGUGUGAAAGCUUUCUACCAGAAGCCAGUCCUCACUGUGCUUCCAAGAACUCACACAGGGGAAAAGCCCUAUGAAUGUGAUGAAUGUGGGAAAACCUUUUGUCAGAAGUCUAACCUCAGAAAACAUCAAAGAAUUCACACAGGUGAGAAACCGUAUGAAUGUAAUGAGUGUGGAAAAACCUUCUUCUGGAAGUCAGACCUUACUAUGCAUCAAAGAACUCACACAGGAGAAAAACCCUAUAAAUGUGAUGAAUGUGGAAAAACCUUUUGCCGGAAGUCAAGCCUCAGGAAACAUCAAAGAAUUCACACAGGUGAGAAACCAUAUGAAUGUAAGGAAUGUAGGAAAACUUUCUCUUACAAGUCAUAUCUCACUCAACAUCAAGGAACUCACACAGGGGAGAAAGGCUAUGAAUGUGAGAAGUGUUGGAAAUCCUUCUACCAUAAGUCUCAGCUCAUUAUGCAUCAGAGAAUUCACACAGGGGAAAAACCCUUUCAGUGUAAUGAAUGUGGAAAAACUUUCUGCAGGAAAUCAAGCCUCAGCAUUCAUCAGCACACUCAUACAGGGGAAAAGCCCUAUGAAUGUGAGCAAUGUGGGAAAACCUUUUACCUGAAGUCUGUCCUCACUGUGCAUCAGAGAAUUCAUAAGGGGGAAAAGCGCUACGCAUGUAGUGAAUGUGGGAAAGCCUUCUACUGGAAGUCACAUCUCAUUGUACAUUAUAGGACACACGCAGUUGAGAAUCCCUAUGAAUGGAAUGAAUAUAGGAAAGCCUACCAGAUGUCAGUUCUUGGUAUGCAUCGGAGUACUCCCACAGGGGAGAAACCUUAUGAAUGUACUGAGUGUGGGAAAACUUUCUGCAGGAAGGGGGACCUCACUAUGCAUCACAGAACUCACACAGGAGAAAAAGCUUACAAAUGUAAUGAGUGUGGGAAAACAUUCUACCGGAAGUCAGACCUCAUCAUACAUCUGAGAACUCACACUGGGGAGAAACCGUAUGAAUGCACUGCAUGUGGAAAGGGCUUCUACCGAAAGUCACACCUCAUCAGGCAUCAGAGAACUCAAAUAGGAGGAAAACUCUAUGCAUGUAAUAAAUGUGCAAAAACCUUUUGUCAGAAGUCAAACCUCAGGACACAUGAGAGAGCUCAUACAGGUCUCAAAACAUAUGACUGCCUCGAAUGUGGAAAGGCUUUUUGUCGCAAGUCACAUCUUAGCAAACAUCAAAAUAUUCACAGAAGACAAGCAUUGUGACCAUGGGAAAACACAAGUUAGGAAAGUUACACAGAAGAGACACUCGAGGACUGUAAUGAAUAUGUAAUGAAAAACUGCAGGAAUUUUGCAAGGAAGUAGCCCUGUAUGGCAGACUGGCCAUGUGUUCUGAAUAUUCUGUCUUUGUCAUGCAGACUACAUUUUCAUUCUCAUCUUAUUGUGGAUAGGACCAUAUAGCUGAGCUCUGCUUUCGCAUACAGAUUUGGUAAAAAUAAAUACCCACUCCAAAAUGCCAUCUUUAUCAUGUACUAAAUUAUUGUUUGGAGUGGCUGCUUUUUUUUCUGCCCAUCAUUCCUUCCACACAUAUGGUCCUAAUACAGACCAGUUGUGUGGUCACAGGGGCAUCGUAUGACGCGGUGGCAGCAUCAUGCUGUGCAUGCAGCUCUGCAUGGUGAGUUGUGUUCAAGGUGGGGUGACCUCUGUAAUUGUGACAAUCACCAAUCACUUUGUUAAUGUGUAGGUCACCAGCUGCCUGUGCUGAGUCUGUUUUAUAGGGAGAAGAGAAGCUGUGAGCAGAAGGACCUGGCAGCCUAACAUCCAGGAAGUCUUCAGUGAUUAACAUUGUGCCAGUACUUAUUUUUUCCUUUGUUUGUUUUGCUUACACUCUUUUGAAGUGAAUUGCUCCUGUUUGUAAUUGAAUAUUGACUAGACAGUUUAUACGACCUGUGUGAUUUCCUGAUUUUGCUAAGCUGUUUUCUGACACUUGUACAUGAUACAGUAGUCUGUUGUAGUUGCUUUAUGUUGUUUUUGAUAUCAUCAUUCCCCAUCUUCCUGCCGUUGUUUCGAUUCUUAGUUUUAUUGAAGGUUAGUAGACUUUGUCAUCCAUGAAGCCCAGACGUAAUCCUGACUGUUUUACAUUCACGUUGCUCUGCGCUCACCCUCAGGAUGACAACUUGUGCUGAGGGUUGUGGCCGACUAGGUGACUUGGCUACAGUGAUGGUUUGUUGACUACAGCUGCUGCUUUGCUCCCAUCCUCCAGGUCAUCCCUGCCUGCACUAAUGCCGCUGGAGACGGCCCCCUGGGCCACAUGCUGGUCCAUCACAGGAUGCAGACCUUGAUGAUCAGGAUCAAUAAAGACUUGUAGGAAGUAAAUGGUUGUGUGUAUGUUAUCGGAAAACUGGAAGACAAAGUCAAGUAGCUGUGCUUAUUUUAGCCAGAAUUGAUUUUUGAAGCAGAAACAUUGUGAGAGAGCAGAAUAUUUUCUGAACAGGUUCAGUCUGGAUUACAAAGCAGUUCUAAAUGUGUUUCUUAUGACUCACCAAUAUAAUGUAAAAGCCAGCCUAAAGGAGUGUUUGGAAAGGGAAUGAGGUUUAGAAAAACAUCACCGAUGAUUAGGGAAAUCUUGAGUUAUCAGCUUAGUGUAGCUCCAGUUGACUUUCACUAACAUUUUUUUUUACCAAGCCAGGAGAAUGCCAGCUGGCCACAUUGCAAGCAUCUCAAGGUGUAUGAGACGUUGCCUCAUGAACUGGAGGAGUCCUGGGGAGCAUCAGCUGUCAGGUUCUUCAACACCCAGAAGAGCUGCAGGACCCAUGCAGCCCGCUGACCUAGCAGUGGCCCCACUACAGAGUCUUUCCAGUAGAGGAGCCCCCUGGAGUCUGGUAACCCCUUCACUGCCCCCAUCACCCCAAGGAGGGAAAGAGGUGGGAGUGCAGAGAUUUGCAUUUGAGGCCAUCUGGGGCUGAGGUCUCAAGGAAAGACAUCUCUGUGCUUUCUCUUUCCUGGGUCCCAGUGCGUGAGUCUGCAGAUGGCAGAAUGUGGUCAGGAGGAAGGAGUGAGUGCAUAAUGACCACUGUGCAUUCAGCUUGGAUUGUGGGUGCAAAAUCCUCAUGUUCUCUCUAGAGUGUGAAUUUGUUCCCACACCCUAAUGCAGAAUUGUGUCACACAUAGCUCCACUAGGCAAGGGGCUCAUUUUGCCCUAUACUGUAAUAUGAGCAGCUGCUCAUGGUACUGGACUGGGUUCAUGGGUUGCUUGCAUCCCUUCACCCCCCUUGCUCACCGUGCAUACAGCUUCCAUCUGGGCCCAUUGUAUUUGUACUUGGUUUCAGAGCAAGGGCUACAGGUGAUUUUGCUGACAAUGAAGUUACAUGCUGGAUCAUGAGUAGUACGACCUUUGGCUCUAAUCUCUUGCCAGCAUUCAGGAGAUCCAACAAAUAGGCUCACUGCUUCUCAGCAGAAUGGUCUGGAUGUACAAUCCUUGACCCAGAUGGAGCAAGCCAGGCCUGAAGCCAUUUUACAAAGUAAGUAGCUGAUAAAGGCUGACAUGACUUCCUGGGUAUAGUGCUGCAGUUAGUGUCCAUCCAGGAGCCCAGAGAGGGCAGAAGUGACAAGGGCAGGAUGGAGUCUGUGCUGGGUGCUGAGGUUGUGGGGUCUUGGUGGGCAGAGAGGUCACUGCAGCCCACCCACAAGUGGCACCAUCAUGUCUGUCCUUUUCUGGUCUUGUUUGUCAUGCCCUCCUGUCUGUUUUGGGUUUAGUCUUCCCUUUUUAUAGUCCUCAAGGUAGGUUAGUUUAUUAAACUCAGUCUUUUAUCUCAAAAUGCAGGUGGUCACAGCAAUAAAUUUCCCUCCAGUAUUCGUAAAUUUUUGUAUGGGGUGUUUUGAUGUCCAAUUAUCUUGUAUAACACUUUCUGCUUUCCUGUAAGGUUUCUGUGGUCCACUGGUUAUUUGUGUGUUGCUUGUUUUCUAUAUAUUUCUCAUGUGUCUUUCUGUUUUUGUUUAUCCAUUAUUGCUGGAGCACAUACUUUGUAUGAUGUUACUCUUUUUCAACUUAUUUGCUUGCUUUAUCGUCUUUUCUGGAUAGUAUUCCAUGUCUAGUUUAGCACAGUAUAUGUUCUGUUAUUGGUUGUUUAUAGAUACACUGUUAGGUUGCUGUAAUAUUCAAAUCUGUGCCCUUGUUAGUCUUACUUAGAGCUAUCCAUUAUUAAAACUGGGAUAUUAAUGUCUUUGAGUUCUGUUGUUAAGCAGUAUACUGACCCCUAAUUUUUGUCUUUGUCAUUUACUCUUGAGCUCUUCUGUUACAUACAUGUGUCAUUGUUGUGUUGU